GUCCGAUGACUGGUAACUGUACGAAUCAAAGCAGCCUAUUUUUUGUGGCAGAGGUCAAACUUGUUCCAAGCGCGAUAAAGCAGAAUACAUGCGGGGAAAUAAAGUAUCUGUAGGAGGGCGAAACUGAUAACGUUACUGAUAGAGAGAUUUACAGUGUUUUAUGACAAGAUGAUCUGUCUGACUGUAUCGUCCCGAUGGUCAUUUAUUGUGUCGAGAUGUCCGGUUAAAUGAUGGUGUGUUACAGGGGAAGAUCAAAGCCUUCAUUGUCUUGUUCACAAUGAAGGGUGCAACAACAACAACAACAGCUAUUGUUGACAAGUCGCAGCCUUACGAUGAAUUUUAACUUCCCGCCAGUGCCGAAUGAAGGAGAAGUGCCCGGGGACUGGGCUUAUGCAAUGAGAAGAGAUAUGCAGGAAAUUCUUCCUGGGUUGUACCUAGGCCCUUACGCUGCUGCUAUGAGGUCGAAGCUGAGUGUAUUAGAGGAGAAAAGGAUAACUCAUAUUGUUUGUAUCAGACAUGCAGUGGAGGCAAACUUUGUCAAACCCAACUUCAUCAACAAAUUUCAAUACUUGGUCAUUGACAUUUCUGACUCAGUAACAGAGAACAUCAUUCAACAUUUCCCAAAGGUGAAGGGUUUCCUUGAUGAAUGUUUGCAGUCAGGAGGCAGGGCCUUAGUCCAUGGUAAUGCAGGUAUUUCUCGCAGUGCUGCUCUGGUGAUUGCCUACAUUAUGGAGAAGUAUGGACUCUGCUACAAAGAUGCUUUUGGGUAUGUACAGCAGAGGAGAUUCUGCAUCAACCCAAAUGAGGGAUUUGCCCACCAGCUUACGGAGUAUGAACCCAUCUACAAGGCCAAGUUAAGUUUACAGAAUGGACAGAGAUCAGCAGACACUGGAAUGUUGAAGAGGAAGUUAACAGAGGACCAUGAAGAGGAUGGGUGUUCUUGGAUGGAUACAUAAACACUGCCAGAGCUAUUCCCUUUUAUUAUUGUGGUGCUCACCUGUUCUUAAAGGCAACAAAUGUCAACAGUUUAUGUGGACAUCACAAAUAUUCCUGUGACUCACUUCUCUUAGAAACCUGAGAUCUCCACUGGUUUAGCCACAUAUUCGUGCCUACCCUGAUGGGCUUUUUUUUUUGGAAGGGCUUUUACAUAUUGUUGCCAGAUGGAGUCAGCUGUGAGUGAGUGUUUUCAGAAGAAGAUUCCUGACAAGCCUAGGUGUCGGACAGCUUAAUACAGGGGACCUAAUCCUAUUUGGAACUGUUGAUACCUCACAGAAGAACUUUAAUUAACCUCUUGUCGAUCUUCAUCUUUGUGAAAAUCUACUGCAUAGGCCUUCACCAUGAGAAACCAUUGAUAAAAGUGACUGGAGCCUCCUUGGUGAAUUUUAUGAUUAUCAUGUAUUAUAGUUUACAAAGGUGACCAAGUUGUGGUGCACGGUGAAUACACGCACAUUUGACCAGCCUGAGGAACAUUUGACCACCUGACCACUCAAGACUUGGUUGCGCAGGCUCAAGACACAGUGCAGAUGUAUGCAACUGCAAUUAACACCUGGAGAGUCUAAAGUCACCUGCAGCUUAAAACUUGUCCUGUAAAUAAUUACUUGAAAAGGUAUUUUCCAGUCUUUUUUUUUGGGGGGGGGGGGGGUUCUAUGAGCGUAGUUGUCUGCCUUGUAGUGUUAACUUCUUGUCUGCCAAAGCAGCCUGAUAUGGCCUACAAUGUAUGUGUCAGUGUUUGGAGUGUAAUACAUGUACAGUUAUAGCCGUUGAUUGAUGUUUGAACAAUCAUGAAAUAUAUACUUCAGUAAAACUUUAAGGGUAAAUAGUAUAUAUGUGUAGCCAUAGAAGGUUCACAUGUUGACAGGUCAAAACAGCACUUAUAGUAGCCUACUUGCAAGUCCUGGGUGUCAGAAGAAUGGGCAAUCCUGGAAGCCCAAAUCCUGGAAGGAGAGUAUCAUCUAAAUUGUAGAUUGAUGGUCUCCUUUGGGAGGCAGUGUUAUAUCCUCUUAACUGAAAACUGAAGCAGUUUUAUAUUCUCAAACCUGCAACCAUAAAAACUACAGUUUAUGUGUACAUUUAUGUCUUCAUAAUGGAAAAAUGACCUUCAUGGCCGAGGAGUUGGCAUGCUAGCGCAGCACAGUGGCUCAAAGGUUCCUCACCAAUGGAACUGUUAAUGUACACAAAAGGGGGUUAUGGUGAGGGACACCAUGUGUUUGGAGCUGCCUACGAUUGUCACAA